GUGUGUGUGUGUGUGUGUGUGUGUGUGUGUGUGUGUGGUAAUGAGUGAGUGGGUGGGUGCAGUAAAAAGGAAGUGGCGGAGAAGAAGACAGAAGUGAAGACAAGACGACAGAAAGCAACAGAUGAGAGAAAAGGACGAGGCGAAGGAGACCCGUACUAAAGAGGAGGAGAAGGAUAGACGGGGGAGACACGAGGAGCAUGUUGGUGUGAUGACCAGCUCAGGACUACUGUAACACACACACAAACACAGGCAGACACACACAGAAACACACUGUCAGUAUGUCUGCAGCUCGCUUAGCCUCUCCUCUUUCUGAGGACCUGACCACACCCCCUCCAAUGACCACACCCCCACGCAAAGCCUCAGUCCGCCUGCAGGAGAGGCGGGGCUCCAGCCUCUCCCUGCUAUUGGACGUCAGUAGCCUUGGGGCGGAGCCCGUGUGUGCCGUCUCCACCCCGAAGGAGGUGUGGCUCCACCUGCUCCACACCUCCACCCGACCGCUCAACCACGAGAUGCUGCAGCAGGCCGCCAAGGACACGAGCGCCCUGAAUGCAGAGUAUCAGAAGAUCCCCCCAAACUUUGUGAGCGCCGCAGAGCUGGAUGUCUCAGGUCACAUGAUCAAAGACCGAUACAAGACCAUCCUUCCCAACCCUGAGAGCCGGGUGGUCCUGAGGAGCCUGGAGGAGGAGGCGGGGUCAGACCGCUACAUCAACGCCAACUACAUCAGGGGUUACAGAGGAGCUCCCAGAGCCUUCAUCGCCACCCAGGGGCCGAUGCUGCACACCGUGGGGGACUUCUGGGACAUGGUGUGGCAGGAAAGGAGCAGCAUCAUUGUCAUGGUGACAAGACUGAAGGAGAAGAACGAGAAAUGCGAGCUGUACUGGCCACAGCCAAUGGAGAGGAGCAGGAAGGAGGAGGAGGAGGAGGAGGAAGAGAAAGGAGACACGGGACGUUACGGCAGAUUUUUCCUCAGAGUAAGAGAUAGCCAAAUGAAAGACGGAUUCACCAUCACCGAUAUGGAGAUCCAGCUCGGCUCAGAGUGUCGUCCCAUCAGACACUACUGGUUCACCUCUUGGCCUGACCACCACAUCCCACAAUGCACCGCUCCUCUACUGAGACUGGUGGAGGAGGUGGAGACAUACAAGCAGUCCCUCCUCCCAACCGUCUCUCAGCCAAUCACAGGCCCUGUGGUCGUCCACUGCAGUGCCGGCAUCGGGAGGACCGGCUGCUUCAUCGUCAGCAGCAUUGGCUGCCAGCAGCUCAGAGACAGCGGACAGGUGGACAUCCUGGAGACGGUUUGCCAGCUCCGACUGGACAGGGGGGGCAUGAUCCAGACCACAGAGCAGUACCAGUUCCUCUACUCCACACUGGCCCAGUACAGUCACCAGUUACAACACUGCCAGGAGCAGAACCAGAACAGAGAUGACCAAGUCAUCAUCCAGCUACAGAACCUCCAUCUGAGCAACACACGGAGCGAAAACCUGCAGAACCAACGAGGGCACGUUGACACCUAAUGACAUUGGACCUCAAAACCAGCAGGAGACCAAACUCCUGUCAAUAACAGAACCAGAGAGAUGGAACCCCCUGCACCACAUUGAACUGGAUAUAUAGUACCGGUUCAGAGCAAAGAGAACCCGUAGAACCCCGAAAGUCCUCAUUGGACUCAGAAAACUGAGCAGAACAAAGCAGGAAAAAACACAACAGGGAAAAUGUUGAGUCAAAUCAAAUCAAAUGUGGUUUUUUGACGUAAAUUGAAGAUAAAUAAAUAAUUCUGACUCUUGAAGGACUGAUCACGUGACGCUGAUGGAGCAGAGUUUCUAUUUCUGCCUUAAACGUCCUAAACCUUCUGACGCUGCCACUGCACCUCUCCUUCUAGUUGUUAAAGCAUCAACUGAAUUAAUUAGAAAGACGUGAUAAAAAGUAAUGAAAGCGUUUAAUGGCCACACAGGGCGGGGAGAAUUAAGAUGUUCACUCUUUUUAUAAAUAAACCUUCCUUCAUUGUCCAUAGUUAUUGGGGACUGAUAAAAACAUCCCUGAGGUUCACUUUACUGCAGUAGAAUUAGUAAACAUUACAGUGAAGUGACCACCAGGGGGCAGCACGUCUGCCCUACCCCCCUCUACUCCUUUUCCUCCACAAACCCCACCCAAACCGGAAGUAAGGCCAACGUUAAAAACACACCGGACUCACUGCAGAACCGGUUUUCCCUUCUGUGUUUCAUAAUGAACGUAGAAGAGAUCAAGUCAGUUCACAUUCCAUAACAAACAUUACAUUAAAUGACAUUACAUUUAGAUUUUAUCCAAAGUGACUUUUAAUUUAAUUUUAAUAAUUUCAUUUCAACCGUAGAGAUACAAACUCAGA